ACUAACAUGAGAGAAAGAGGCUCGGGUGUAAUCGGGGGAGGCCAGCCGCGAGAAGAAGGAAUGUGUCUGCUGGAGAAUGAGAGAAAGCGAGGGAAACGCAGAGGAGGAGAGCGGGUGGAAAGUGGGAGGGAGUAGAGAGGCAUGCAUGUGUGUGUGUGUGUGUGUGUGUGUGUGUGUGUGGCAUGGCUGUUGAAUGAGUGGGCCUUGUGUAGCUGCUUCUCUAGUAGUAUUUCUCAAACUCAGCACAAGCCAGCCUUCGUACAGAGUUCUGUCCUGUGCGAUGAGAGGAAUGACAGUGUGGAGAGCUCAGAGUGUGUUUCUGGUGGUCCUCGUGAUCUCUCAGCAGGGCAAUGCCCACCCACAGUGCCUGGACUACAAGCCUCCGUUCCAGCCUCCAGAGCCCCUGCUCUUCUGCAAGGAGUACGCCAAAUUUGGAUGCUGUGACUCGGACAGGGAUAACCAGAUAUCCCAGCGCUUCUAUCAGAUCAUGGACUACUUCGAUCAGACUGGGAUCAUGGCCUGUGGGAAGUACAUCCGCAGCAUACUUUGCCAGGAAUGCUCUCCGUACGCAGCUCAUCUGUACGACGCAGAAGACGCAAACACCCCAAUGCGGGAGCUUCCCGGCCUCUGCGGAAACUACUGCCAGGAUUUCUGGCUCCACUGCCGUUACACUCUCAGCCUUCUGAUCAAUAACAAUCAAACAUAUGCUAUUGAAGAAGACCGGAGCAAGUUCUGCAAGUAUCUUGAGCUGAAAGAUCCCGAGUACUGUUACCCAAACGUCCUCUCCAACGCUGAGCUCAACGCCAACCUGGGAGACGUGAAGGCGGACCCGGAGGGAUGCAUUCAGUUAUGUCUGGAAGAAGUGGCGAAUGGGCUUCGCAAUCCUGUGGCGAUGAUACACGCCAAUGACGGCACGCACCGCUUCUUCGUGGCAGAGCAGCUGGGUUACGUGUGGACUUACCUGGCCAACGGUUCCCGGAUCGACAGGCCCUUCCUGAACCUGACAAGAGCGGUUCUGACCUCACCUUGGGCCGGAGAUGAGAGAGGGUUCCUCUGCAUCGCACUGCAUCCGCGAUUCACAACGGUCAAAAAGGCCUAUGUUUACUACUCGGUGUCUGUGAAGAAGCAGGAGAAGAUUCGCAUUAGUGAGUUUCUCGUGUCUGAUUCAGAUAUGAAUAUGCUGGAUCACUCCUCAGAAAGGACACUUCUAGAAGUUGAUGAGCCUGCUUCAAAUCACAAUGGAGGUCAGCUACUGUUUGGGUCGGACGGAUAUCUGUACAUAUUCAUAGGAGAUGGUGGCAAAGCGGGAGACCCUUUCGGAAAGUUUGGGAAUUCUCAAAACAAGUCCACACUUCUGGGCAAGGCCCUGCGGAUCGAUGUGGACAACAAUGACUAUAGCGCCCCCUACAGCAUCCCAUCAGACAACCCUUUCGUGGGAGAGACGGAUGCGAGGCCAGAGAUCUACGCCUACGGUGUGAGGAACAUGUGGAGGUGCUCCAUCGACAGGGGCGAUCCGGUCAGCGGUCAGGGCCACGGCAGAAUGCUCUGUGGAGACGUCGGUCAGAAUAAAUAUGAGGAAGUGGAUCUCAUCCAAAAAGGAGGGAACUACGGAUGGAGGGCAAAGGAGGGCUUCUCUUGUUAUGACAAGAAACUCUGCACCAACUCAUCACUCAAUGAUAUCCUUCCGAUUUUUGCUUACCCACAUAAAAUUGGCAAGUCUGUCACUGGGGGCUACAUCUACAGAGGUUGCCAGAUGCCCAAUCUCAAUGGCCUGUACAUCUUCGGGGAUUUCAUGAGCGGGCGACUGAUGUCCCUAAAGGAGGACCCCGAGACUGGAAAGUGGAGCUAUAAGGAGAUUUGUAUGGGUGCUGACAAAACCUGCAGCUUCCCUAAACUAAUAAACAGCUACUACAAGUACAUCAUCUCAUUUGGUGAAGAUGAGGCAGGAGAGCUGUACUUCCUCGCGACCGGAGCGGCCAGCGCCACGGCCAGAGCUGGAGUCGUGUAUAAGAUAGUGGAUCCCUCCAGGAGGGCUCCUCCAGGAAAGUGCAACUUCAAGCCUACUCCAGUCAACAUAAAGGGCAAACUGAUUCAUUUCAGUCCUAAAGAAGAGUACGUAAUUAAUAAAAAACCCACAACAACCGCCAUUCCCAAACCAAAACCCACCAAACCGAGUGUGACCCCACGUCCACGAGUACAACACACGACGCCCCGCCGGGUUCCUCCAGUGACCACCGUCCGGCCGUCUACACCACAUCCACGCACUCUCCACACGACCCCACGGCCCAGACCUCCGUCCCUGACCACCCCCAGACCGCCCUACUGGACGACCCCACCCAGAACCACCACGAACACCCAAACCGGCAGACCGGGCAAACGAGGCCGAGGCAAGCCCAGGAGGAAAGGGGACCGGAGGGGACGUUCUCGAGCCGGGAGGGUGAGGCUGGUCAGCGCAGACGGACAGAAGGACCGCGGCCGAGUGGAGAUCUUCGCAAGGGGCGAAUGGGGUACAGUGUGUGACGAUAUGUUUAACAUACAGGCUGCGGCGGUGGUCUGCAGACAGAUGGGGUUUCCUGUGGCUCUGCGGGUGGCGAAGAGAGCCGAGCUCGGGGCGGGAGACAUCGGAGUCAGAAUCCUGCUGGACGACGUGGAGUGUGAAGGAACCGAGCGAACUCUACUGCACUGCAAACACCCCAAACUGGGCAAAAACAACUGCUCUCACGACGAGGAUGUAGGGGUGGUUUGUGGCCAUUAUGAGCAUGCAGUGGAGUGAGAGACAAUGAGGCUGUGAUGACACAAAUACUAAACAAAACUACAUCUCACAGACACAAACAAAUCAUUUAAAAUGACCCACUCUAAAAGUAUGACAAACUGGAAAUACCCCCAAUCAAAACCAGAAUCAGAAUUGUUUUUUUUUACAUUUAUGAAUUAUAAUCAAUCAAACAAAUAAACAUUUUAAUCUUAACUGUCGCCCGUCCCUCAGAGGAAGUUUACUUCACUAUCCUAAUCUAAUCGUGAUAAACUAUAGCCAUAUCAUUGGACAGGUCUAAGACUCCUAAAUACUUAUUUGUGAUCAAGCCUGUGGAAAUCCAGUUAAAGUCUUUUUUUUUCGUCUGUGAUUUACUGUUUUGUUCCUAAAAUCAUCCUUUGUAACGACGUAGAACGUCCUGUGAAAACCAUAUCAAAGGCCAUGUCAAAGAUUUGAAAAUCAGAGUGAAAUUACUGUUUGAAAUCAAACUUUGAUGCUUGGUAUCUCAUAAUUAGAUUUCAAGACUUUAGCUUGGAUUUCACAGACAGGGUCACAUUUUAUCACUGCUUUUUUUUUUUUUUUGUUACAAAUGAUAAUAGAUUAAUUUAUGACAAAAGUGUACCUCAAAAAUCCACAUCAUAGCAGGAGUUCUGACCUUUGUCACAAAAAAAAAAGUCUUUCUUUGUUGCCUUUUUUCCUUUCACGAUUUAGAAAAACAAUCAUACAUUAUGUAUCAACUGAAAAUUUAAAUCUCAAAUUCCAUUUCGUUAAAAUCAGACAUUGGCCUUACUAUGGAAAUGGUACAACAAUAUCAUGUUUCAAAAUGUUUUCAAGAAAUUUUUAAAUGUAAGGUGGAUAGUGCACUUUCAUGUCUGUGUUCAGAAAUGGGAGUGACAGUUUAAGGGUUAAUAAUCAGUCAUUUUCACACUGAAUCGUGCACGAUUACACUGCUGUGUGAGUUGUUGAUCAUUUCACACAACUGAGACAACUGUAUUAACUGAUUCUUCAUAUAAAACUGGUGAAAUUAAAACAAAAACAGAUUAAAGUAUAUCCAUAUUGCAUUCAUGAUGAGAUCAAUAA